UGUAGGAAGUGCCCUUUUAUGGAAUGUGAAGCAUUUCAUGUUUUUUUAUUUUUCGUGUCAACUUCCGGUUGGGUGGGAAGCAGCUGCUGGAAACAGUGAAUAACUGUGCCUGAGGAUACGUUUAAAAUAUAUUGUUCGUUUUUCUACACUUUCACUUUAAUCAGCAAGAAAAUGUCAAAGUCUUUGAAGAAGAUAGUGGAGGAGACUAGGGAUAAAAGUCUUACCGAGGUGGACAUGUGCGACAGGGGGAUAUCCAACAUGCUGGACAUUCCUGGCUUAUUCACAUUGUCCAACAUAACACAACUGGUCUUGAGCCACAACAAGCUGACGACCGUACCUCCAAACAUUGCCGAACUUAAGAACUUGGAGGUGCUGAACAUGUUCAACAAUCAGAUAGAAGAGCUUCCCACUCAGAUCAGCAGCCUUCAGAAACUCAAGCACCUGAAUCUGGGGAUGAACAGACUGAGUACGUUGCCCAGAGGCUUUGGUUCUCUCCCAGCCCUGGAGGUCCUGGAUUUGACUUACAACAACCUGAAUGAGUCUUCACUGCCAGGAAACUUCUUCUAUCUUACCACCCUGCGCGCACUCUAUCUCAGUGACAACGACUUUGAAAUCCUGCCCUCAGACAUCGGCAAGCUGACCAAGCUACAGAUACUGAGUCUGAGGGAUAAUGACCUGAUCUCUCUACCUAAAGAGAUAGGAGAACUGGCCCAGCUGAAGGAGCUGCAUAUCCAGGGCAACAGGCUGACUGUGCUGCCUCCUGAACUUGGUAAUCUGGACCUGACUGGCCCUAAGCAGGUGUUUAAGGCAGAGAGUAACCCAUGGGUAACUCCCAUAGCAGAUCAGUUCCAGUUGGGUGUCUCCCAUGUCUUUGAAUAUGUCCGCUCCGAGACCUACAAGUAUCUUUAUGGGCGACACAUGCAGGCUAAUCCUGAACCGCCGAAAAAGAACAAUGACAAAUCCAAGAAGAUCAGCCGCAAGCCCCUGGCUGUCAAGAACAAAUGAAGAUGAGAAGGGUCGAAGAGGAGCCCCCUGUCUGCCUGUCCGAGCUGGACCUCACUGCAUGUGCCUUCUCCCACUUUUCUAUUUAUUUGCUAAAAGAACACACAUUUUGUAUGGUUUCUGUAUUGUGUUGUGUUAUACAUGUGUGGCCUCACAGUUGCCCAAAUGUCCCAAACAGCCAAUAGAAUUCUCCCUUUUCUCCUCUUUCCUUCCCUACAUUAUCUACGUUGCCUUGGACUUGAUUAAUUUGCUAUACUAUAGUUAUUGCCUUAUUCUCAUAAUGCUGUAUACCCAAGCAUUACUUUUUAAGCUAAUUUCUAGCGUGAUGUCUUUAACUAUUGCUGCAACUCUGUAAAUUCAGCCAAGUCAUGAAAAUCACAUUUGGACAAUUUUUCAGAUCACAUGAUAUUAGAUAUUGUAAAAAAAAAUAAAUAAAUAAAUUGACCAUGACUGAGCUAUCAAACUGUACUGUACUAGUGCAAAAAUAUCCUCGAAAGUACUGCUUAGGCAAUAGAUUUUUUCUUCCCCUUUUAAUGAUGUUUUAGUAGAACAUUACUAUUCGUUGCUAGACUUGUGAUAUGCAUUGUAAUGUGCAUAUGCACACCAUGAAAACAUCUUCAUAUUUCAUAUAUUUUCUUAUAUUGUUGUUACGGGAUACUGUUCAAAUACAGUGCAGUGAAGAAAAAAAAUUUAUAUCAUACUCCACUGUUUGAUUUGAGCCAUCUAAACAAGGCACACAGCUUUCCACAACAGCAAUUUGUACCCUCCAGUGCCGGGCUUGGCGGCGGGGCUGUUGUGUAAGCGGUGGGGGAUUUUUGGAGGGGUUUAGCGGUCUGAGCUGAGUCUGUGCAGAAUUGUGUCCUGCCUCAGAGGACAUACUCCUGUCUACUCCUUCUGCCACACCUCAUGCUCUUAAUGACCUCGUAUGAAUGGCUGCAAACCAGAGUAUUGAAUGGUUAACAGAUAAGACCAGUUACAAAAUAACCCUGCAGCUCCAAACAAUGGACCGCUUAUACAAUACACGGUAUCGGUCUCCUUUUCAGUAUUGUCUGGAUGUUCAUUUGAAAGUGGUCUGUUCUGUUUCACAUUGUUUUGACUCCUACUGUAACUCUAAAUUUAUCUACGCCACGAGCUUUGUUAUUGAUCUAUGCAAUAGUAUUUGCACCAAAUGUUAUUACAAAUAUGUCGGUGUUUAAUUCUUUUUGCCACCUGACAGAAGCUUUAUGUCACCAUAUGUCACGUUUAUUCAUUUUUAACUACUUUGAAUAAAAUAUUCUGUUUGACUGUCA